GCAGGCCGGCCAGCUCCGCCUGCACCGCCCGCGGGCUCCGGAGCCCCAGCUGCAGAAUGUGGGUGCCAGGCGGGCGGGGCGGGCCUGAUUGAGGCCGCAGGGGCGGGGUUCCAGGGCGACCGGGACCCGCCCGGCCACGAUGCGGAACAGGAAGCACUGCGGUGCGCGGCGGGUUUCAGAGGACCCGUGAAAUCCGGGGUCCUUGCCUUCCGAUCUGCACGCGUUGUGGGAUGCCGAGCUCCAGGGCCAGUGGGGUCUUACAGGUUCAUGGCUAAGACCUGGACAUCAUCUGCACCUUCCCUGGGAUUCCAAUUUCCUCGUGGAUCUGAGUCGUGGCUGCGGGCAGCUGCUGGGCCGGAGGAAUGGCUGCUCUCCGAUUUGGGUUUGGAAGGCUGAAUUCUCAUCUGUGGAAGAGAAGGAGUUUCUUGCUGUUGAAACUCACAGCUUUUGUCUGUUCCGUGCUUCUGUUUUGUGAAUUUUUUAUCUAUUACUUAGUGAUCCUUCGGUGUAAUUGGCCCGAGGUGAAAACUGCAGCCCGUGACCGGGAACCAGGGACUCUCAAACCUGUCCUGAACGCCAUGUUUUUGGCUGACACCCACUUGCUUGGGGAAAUCAGAGGCCACUGGCUAGACAAGUUACGGAGGGAGUGGCAAAUGGAGAGAGCCUUCCAGACGGCUCUGUGGUUGCUGCAGCCGGAAGUCGUCUUCAUUCUGGGAGACAUCUUUGAUGAAGGGAAGUGGAGCUCCCCCCAGGCCUGGGCGGACGAUGUGGAGAGGUUUCAGAAAAUGUUCAGACACCCAGGUCACGUGCAGCUGAAGGUAGUUGUUGGCAACCACGACAUUGGCUUCCACUACCAGAUGAGCAGAUACAGAAUAAAACGAUUUGAGAAAGUUUUCAACCCUGAAAGGCUGUUUUCAUGGAAAGGAAUUAAUUUUGUGAUGGUCAACAGCGUGGCCCUGGAAGGGGAUGGCUGCAGCAUUUGCUCUGAAGCAGAAGCCGAGCUCGUGGACAUUUCUCGCCGGCUGAACUGCUCCCGAGAGGAGCUGCGCCCGGGCCGGUGUGGGGAUGGGCAGCCGCCGCCGGCCUCGGCCCCCGUGCUUCUGCAGCACUUCCCGCUUUACCGGCCGAGCGACGCCAACUGCUCUGGGGAGGACGCCGCGCCCCCGGAGGAGAAGGCCAUCCCCUUUAAGGAGAGAUACGACGUGCUCUCUCGGGCGGCCUCACAGAAGCUGCUGUGGUGGCUGCAGCCGCGCCUGGUGCUGAGCGGCCACACGCACAGCGGCUGCGAGGUGCUCCACGGGGCGCGGGUCCCCGAGGUCAGCGUGCCGUCCUUCAGUUGGAGGAACAGAAACGACCCCAGCUUCAUCGUGGGCAGCUUGACGCCCACGGAGUAUGCCCUGGCCAAGUGCUACCUUCCCCUGGAGGACACGGUUCUGAUCACGUACUGUGCGGCAGCGGGCUUCCUUGUGGUCCUCGUGCUGGUCCACCUCGGACUUGUAGCCUCACCUGUUCUUUUUGGCUAUAAGCUGCUCAGAAAGUUUAAGACCAUGUGAAGAGCAGGAGACCUUUUGCACUUAGUAAUCGAUAUCAAAGCCAAAGGAAAACGGAACUUCAGGCCGUGCUCACGUGAGGUGAGGCCCAAGGAGACUGUCUGGAUGCGCACCACAGAAAUGCUAACUCACGGAUGCAAAUUACGGCAGAAUAAAUAGUUGACUGUACUGUUCUCAUGCUAUGAAAAUGGAACGUGUACUCCACGACAAGUCUGUUUUCUCAUUUCCCCCCCCCCAAAUGUAUGUGGAAAUAGAGAUUGUAUCUGUACACUAUGUAAAUGCUAUUAAUUAACGUCAUCACGUGCAUGCACUGGACAGGCCUUCCUUCCCCGAGAGGGGGGCUGAGGCGUGCACACACCAACCAUCGGGUUUGCGCCUGUCCUCCUACCACGUUGUUCUCAAAGUCCUAUGUAUUAGAAAGCUGUACAGUGAAAAUAAAACCACAGGUGACACGAGGAGGGAUAUACAGUAUUGUCUACAAGACUUAAAAAGCAAUGUAAUUUUCUCUCUAGCAGACUGAGGUGUUAAAUUGCAACUUAAUGCCUAUCAAUGAUGAAAAUAAAUUUGAAAAAUGGGUGAGGAAGGGCUUUUGUAUUUAAAAAUAAAUAUCUUGGUAAUUUAAGCCAGA